GCCGUCUUUUAUGACUGUAAUUUCCUUCUAUUUUUUUUUAGCCGAGCUGGGUGUAAUAACGUCACAUGUUGUUUUUCUCUCCAGUGCAGUAACUGUACAGAGUGCUUUUAUUUGCUGCUUUACGAUUGCAGACAGCGGACCGAAAUACUGGUGUCGGGAAUGGAUUAGAAAACGGAUUUAGGCUGCUGCUUCGUAGUUCCUUGCUUUGGAAAUAUCGUACAAGAACUUAUAUAGAAGUACAUAAUAAGCGACAGAAUGGCAAGUCCACAAACGACGGGAGGACACCUGUUAUCGAAUAUAACUAAUAGCAGUAAUAAUAUCAAGAAAUAUGGAUACCUAAAGAAACAGAAACAUGGACACAGGCGUUUCUUCGUGUUAAGAGAGCCAAGCGAGGGGUUUUCUGCCCGGCUGGAAUAUUAUGAGAGUGAGAAGAAAUGGAGAAACAAGUCUGCUCCGAAACGACUGAUAACUCUGGAUUCUUGUCUGUGCGUAAACAAGCGCGCGGACGCAAAGCACAAACACCUAAUCGCCCUUUACACCAAGGACGAAUACUUUGCCGUGGCGGCUGAAAACGAACAGGAGCAAGAGGACUGGUAUACAGUUUUAACAGAUUUAAUCACAGAGGGGAAAGUGUAUGACAGCCCUGCGUCCACGUCCUCACUAGUGGGAUUCGAGGAGGCCAACUACGGUAUGAUUACGCCCGCAACCGCCACUUACAAGGAGGUAUGGCAAGUCAAUUUGAAAUCUAAAGGGCUGGGUCAAAGCAAAAAUUUGACAGGUGUCUACAGGCUAUGUUUAUCCAGUCGGACAAUCAGCUUCGUGAAACUGAACUCGGAGACUGCGGCUGUCAGUUUGCAGCUCAUGAAUAUUCGUAGAUGCGGCCACUCAGAUAGCUUCUUCUUCAUCGAAGUGGGUAGAUCGGCGGUCACUGGCCCAGGCGAGCUUUGGAUGCAAGCGGAUGAUUCCGUGGUUGCGCAAAACAUCCACGAGACCAUUUUGGAGGCAAUGAAAGCCAUGAAAGAGCUCUCGGAAUUCAGACCACGGAGUAAAAGUCAAUCCGCCAGCACCAACCCAAUAUCAGUGCCCACUCGACGCAACUUAAACAACUUGCCCCCUAGUCAGACAGGGCUGGUGAGGAGGUCAAGAACGGAUAGCAUUGCAGCCACCUCUCCUGUCAGAAAGUUCACCUCCUGUCGGAUAAGAACGGCCAGUGAGGGAGAUGGCAGCAUGCCCAGACCAGUCUCCAUGUCCAUAUCCAUGAGUGGAAGCCCCACCAGUAGCAGUUCUGGCCAGAACCAUCUGAGUCGAUCUCACACCCUCAGCAGUGGCCGGACAUGCAGAAUGUUGGAGUCGGCCUCCAACCUCCAACACAGCAGGUCCAUGCCCGUGUCCAAUUCUCCGCCAUCGGUCUGCAGCCCCAUCAGCCUCUCUCCCAGAGCCAGAAACAUCUCCACCCCAGACACGGUCCAGCGGCCAUUCAGCUGCAGCGCCUCCAUGUCGGGCUCCCUCAGCGAUGCAGGCUUCAUGCUUUGUGAAGAGUACGGGUCCAGCCCAUGCGAUACCAAGUACCUUCCCAUCACACGGAGCGACACCCCGGACUCUCUCUCCAGCACCCCCCCUUCUCGGGAGGCCAAUGACCCGUGUGGCUACAUGAUGAUGGACAGGCCAAAUGGCAGCAGGCGCGUAGCCGGUGGGGACUUCCUGCCGUCCGACAAAGCCUACAGGAAGAGGACGUACUCGCUGACCACGCCGCGUCAACAGCGGGUCCCGGCACAGCUGUCCUCCGCCUCGCUGGACGAAUACACUCUGAUGAGGGCCGCUCACGCCCACCACAAUUCCCAAUCCGCCUCCCCAAAAGUGUCUUACCCCGAGGACUACGGCGACAUCGAGAUUGGCUCGUCGUCAAGGAGCUCCAGUAGCAACCUGGGAGAUGACGGCUACAUGCCCAUGACACCGGGUGUGGCGCCGCAAGGCGGCAAGGCCGACAACUACAUGCCCAUGAGCCCAAUGUGUGUUUCGGCUCCCAAGCAGAUCAUCAACCCCAGGGUGCACUCGCAGUCGUCUGGAGGAGGCUACAGGACUAACUCUCCCAGCGGAAGCUCUCUGGAAGACAGUGGCUACAUGAGGAUGUGGUGCGGCUCCAAGUCUUCCAUCGAGAGCCUGGACAGCCGCUUGCCGAAUGGCGAAUACAUGAACAUGUCACCUGGCAACCCGCACCCUCUUCAGACCCCGCCUGAUUACUUCCUGGGCCCGCUUCCUGGAGAGCCGGCCGCGAAGCCCACUUACUCCGUCAGCUCGCUGCCCCGGCCGUCAAAAGCGCAGGCCUCCAAGACUGAGGAGAGCGACCAGUAUGUUCUGAUGAGUCCCCAGAGCCAGAGACCGGUGGUGGGCGAGUCUGACUACUACUCUGUGAUGGGCAGUGCAGCUCAGGUGGCAGCUAACAACCCUUCAGUUCCUUCCCCCAUCAGGCAGAUCAGAGUGGAGAACCUGCCACAUCGGGGGAGGAUUGGGAGACCCAACAGGCUGUCUCUGGACACUUUCCGGACCCUGCCCAGCAUGAACGAGCACCCACUCCCCGGGGAACCCAGGAGCCCAGGAGAAUACAUCAACAUAGACUUCAGUGGGAGCAAGUAUUCCCCACCCUCAGCCUCCACAGAGAGCCAGUCUUCAUCCCUGGGGUCCAGUGGCAGUAGGAGAAGGUCUCCUCUCUCAGAUUACAUGAAUGUGGAGCUUGGCUCCCACUCACCCAAGUCUGGGCACACCCCUGCGGGACGGUUGGACACACAGCCAGAGCCCUCCAUGUGCCCCCACCCAGAGGAGACUGGAGAGUACCAUGUCAGUGGGAAGAGAGGUCCUGAGUGCCCCUCUGACAAAGUCAAAGAUGACUACACGGAGAUGACAUUUGGCAUGGCCAACACACCUCCACAGCUCCUCCCUCAGACGCCAGCGAGCCCCAGUGUCCGAGAAAAAAGACCGUCCCUGGAAGAGCAGGAUGUCCCGGGUAUGGGGGUGUUCCUGCUGGAGGCUGGCCCCUCUAUGGACCCAGACCGAUCUGCCAAGGUGAUCCGGGCCGACCCCCAGGGUCGCAGGAGGCACAGCUCCGAAACGUUCUCCUCCACCGCCACCGUCACGCCCGUGUUUCCCUCCUUCGCCCAUGAGGUCAAGCGCCACAGCUCGGUGGAGAACAUCUCCUCACGGAGCAGCGACGCCUCAGACGAGGAGUGCUCUGGCAGCCCCAUGAGCAGGAAGACCUCGGCGGGCUACCAGACCGGACUCAACUACAUCGCCUUGAACCUACUGGAGAACAGGGACAUGGAGCCGUGCGAGGACCUGGUCGGCUUCAAAUCCACCAGCAGCUGCAAGGGAGGCAUCCAUGGAUUACAUGCCACACCAUAUGUCUGCUUGGGAUUCAAGGAGGCAGCAACCACUGCCAAAGACUGAGUGGCAGACGUGAGUCUUUCUGAAUCCCCUAUCCUCCCAUCGCUGGAUGGAGGACACUGGGAGCCUGCUGCUGAACUAUUGACCUCUGACCCUUUGUGCCACACCCCUCUGGAUAGGUCAGGCUGUGCCUCAUCGAUCCUUGCGACCCCCCCGCCCGUUGCUCCACCCUGACCCGGCCUCACCUCCUGGUGGUCAGGAAUCUGAGCGCUUAUGAUGUCUCAGUGGCUGUGUGGAUCUUAUGCAUUCUCCUGUGUGUGCGUGCGCACAUGUGUGUGUGUGUUCUCACUGGCUCCUUGUGUCAGUGUCUUCUUUUCCUGCUUGGGUGGGGCUGUAAGACUGUGACCUUUGUAGCCUCACCAGAACUUGGGAGGCCCAACCCAAAAAUUCCUGCUUCAGAUAAUUUAACAAACAGUCACGAGGUACGCACAUAUUAUUUAUUGACUUAAAUGGGAAUUAAUUUAAGUGUGUUUGCGUGUGUGUGUGUGCAUGAGUCAGAUGGAAGAAGAGAGAAAGACCAACUAUUUUCCUUUUUCAGCAAUGCAUUAAUUUAACAAUUUAAGUUAAUUACAAAACCCAUAAAUAUUCCCUACCUCAGAACGAGCCAGGAUACAAGAGGCACACUGACUAUAAUAAAUAUAUUUAGAUUAAAGUACUAUUUAUUUUGGAUGCUGAAUGUUUCUUACGACCAACCCAAAGCCUUAACGUCUUUGCUGUCCUUGUAUUUUCUAUUUAAGAUGUUUAUUUAGACCUAUAUCUAUAUAUUGUUUAUCUAUAUCACGUGGAAAGUCAAUAGGCACAGAUUACCAUGAUAGAGAAACAUACAAAUGACAUAUUAGAGCAUUUUAUGACAGGAUUUCUUAAAUUAGAUUUAUAAUUGACAAAUUAUUUUAUCUUAAUAAAAAUAUUUCCCUCAAUCUUUACUCUUAACUCUUCUUAAAAUUAUAUCUUUAUGAUAGUUUUGUGAAACUACAAAUGACAUUUUUUAUUACAGGUAACAAUACACACAGUAAGUUCUAACACACAGAUACACUAUGUUCUGGAUAACUGUAAGAGUUCUGCAUGAAUGCACCCAGGCAUCUGUACUUCUAUGUGCACUACAUGCCCCACAAUUCCUUCAGUUAGACUUCAAACCUCAGACACUCUUACCUACCUGGAACCCCAAUACCCUGUUGUUUUACUCAGCACUGGGGGCAUUGCUGUGAUGCAAUUACACGGUACAACAUCUGAUGUUUAAACAGUUAGGUAGAAGCUCAGGUGUUGAGGUUGGACCUGAUUGCCAUGUUUGGGCUGCCGUCAGUCAUUUGUAUUGUAGUCCAGCCACAACACCUCCUCACAACUGUAUUUUUGAAUAGAAUAGACACACAUGAAUGUAAAGCACCUUAUGUGUAGAUCACGGACAUCAAGUAUGAGGAACUGUAUCAAAGUAUGAAAUGGUAUAUAUCUACCACACAUCUGUUUGUUUGCAAUGGCCUGAAUGUGUAAAUGAUGUACAUAUUAUAAAGAGGUGAACUUUAAUAGGCUGUCCAAUCAUAAUAGAGCAUCUAGAUUACUUAAGUUGCAAUGAAAUCCCCAGACUGUGUUAAAACCUUUUGCUUUUGCGACCUAUUUUCUAAAAGGGUAUUUGCUUUUGGAUUUUAACGUAUGCUUUUAUUCUUCACAGUUACUGUGAGUACAUUUAUAAAGUUUAAAUAGAGAAAUACUUAGUCUAUUUUAUGAUAGUUACAUCUGCCUUGUUGAAACAUUUAACCCAUGGCAUAUGCAAUAGAUAAACAAAUAAACCCUUAGUUUACAAAGUGGAACCAAAUGUAAUUGUGUUGAUAUGUUUAUACAUUUUUAAAGAAAGGAAACUAUUUUGCUGUUUGUAAAUUUCACUCUGCCAACUUCUGAUGUUAGUUAUUUUUUUGCCACUGAAACAUCAGUUAAUUAGUUAGGAUGUUUAACCGUAAUCUCACUCUCUGUCUGCAUCUACAGUUUUCUUAUUUAAGGGUUGGUAUUUGAACUCUUGAUUCAAAGUUGAAUGUGCUGUCUUCCAUUGUAUAUAUUCCCUCAAUUGCUCGUUGUGAUGCUGCUCAUAAGAGAUGACAUUUUAAUUAUAGUAGUACUGCUUUUUGUCUGUAUUGAUUAUGGAUGGCAACAUGCAAUAAAUAAAUAUGUUUAUUUGGUUCAA